GGAAUCUACCGAGGUUUGCCGAGUGGAUUGGUUUUGUGUACGGUGUCACGUGAACACAAUAUGGAGGCUGUCAUUUAUUGACACAAUUUAGAUAUCCUGAGACAGUUUGCUGACGAUUUACUUCUGAAAGAAAUUAUUUAGAUCUACCUAGAUCUACCAAGUCAUAAGAAAAUGUCCAAUGAAUUUUGGCUCAUCUCGGCUCCUGGGGAGAAGACUUGUCAACAAACCUUUGAAAGACUAAAUGCAGCAACUCAAGGUCCCGAAAAACUGUCAACAAAUUUUAAAUUUCAAAUUCCAGACCUGAAGGUUGGAACAUUGGAUAUAUUAGUUGGCCUGUCUGAUGAAUUGGGUAAACUUGAUGUUUACUGUGAAAGUGUAACAAGAAAAAUUGCUCAGUAUAUUGGUGAUGUUUUAGAAGAUACAAGAGAUAAACUUCAAGCAAAUCUUAAGGUCAAUGAAGCACCACCUGCUAACUAUCUGCAGCGUUUUCAAUGGGAUCUAGCCAAGUAUCCUAUUAAACAGUCCCUUAAAAGUAUUUCUGAAAUAAUUGCUAAGCAAGUUAAUCAAAUAGAAUCAGAUCUGAAGACUAAAGCCACAUCCUAUAAUAAUUUAAAGGGAAACUUACAGACGUUAGAGCGUAAAGCUACUGGAAGUUUAUUAACCCGUAAUCUAGGUGAUAUGGUUAAAAGAGAUGAUUUUGUCUUAGAUUCAGAAUAUCUAACAACACUUGUUGUGGUUGUACCAAAAGCAAUGAUUAAUGAUUGGAAUUUAAAAUAUGAGAAACUGACUGACAUGGUGGUACCAAGAUCAUCAAAGAAGAUAUUUGAUGAUAAUGAAAAUGUAUUAUGUACAGUGACAUUAUUUAGAAGAGUGGUUGAUGAAUUUAAACAUCACUGUCGAGAAAAUAAAUUUAGUGUACGAGACUUUACCUACAGUGAAGAAGAAAUUCAAUCGGGUAAAACAGAAUUAACUAAACUAGAAGCAGAUAAAAAGAAACAAUUUGGUCCACUCGUAAAAUGGUUAAAAGUGAAUUUUGGUGAAUGCUUUGCUGCUUGGAUUCACGUGAAGGCAUUAAGAGUGUUUGUUGAAUCUGUAUUGAGAUAUGGUCUUCCUGUCAACUUUCAAGCCAUUGUAAUUCAUCCUAAUAAAAGAUCCAAUAAACGUUUAAGGGAUGUUUUGAAUCAGUUGUAUAGUCAUCUAGAUAAUACAGCUUUAUCACAAGGUGGUGAUGAUAUGGAUAUACCAGGAUUAAGCAUGGGUGGAACAGAUUAUUAUCCCUAUGUUUCCUAUAAAAUAUUACUAGAUUUAGUUGAGCCUCGUUAAUAUAUUCAAUAUUUAUAUAACACAGUUUUAUAGAAUAGAAAUAAUAACCGUCUUUGUAUUUACUUUAUACUUGAAUUCCAUAUACAAUAUAUUACUAUAUUUCCACAAACAUUCCAGAAAAUAAUAGAUAUUUCUUACUGUUCUCGUCAAUAUUAGGCUACAGUCUCUAGCACAUGGAUGGCAAAUUUCUACUUUACUCUAGAACUAAAAUAAUAUAAAUUGCAAUUUUUAGUCCCUGUUGUACAAAUAAUAGUCUAAUAAAAUGUAAAUGCAAUUAAAUUAUAUGAAAACUAGUCAACCAAUACAUUGAGCUCAAUCUUUGUGUAGGUCAUUUUGUGUUUGUGCUGGUUGUAAAAUUCCCUAAGAGGAUUAUUAACAUGAACAAUGUUAUUUGAUUUUUAUACAUCAAUAUUUAAUGUAGUUGUGUGUAUAUUCUCAUCAUCAGUGUCUGGUGUCCUUCCCAUAUAUAAUAUGUAUGUAUAUUGUUAUCCUCCAUAGUCCCUCGUCAGUUGUAGGUCUACAUGUUGGUAAUUUCAGAUCAGAGCUGUUGACAGAAUUUUAUACGCCCAUAUUGUACUUUGUAUUUAUUUUUUCCUUCUAGUGGGUUAGAUACUGAUUGAUUUAUGCAAGCUUAGUGUGUAAGUACCUUGGUUCUUUAGAGUCUGCUUCCACAAAAAUGAUAUUGUAGACAAGACCAGGAGAGCUGAAGCUUGCUUCUGUAUAUUAGAACUUGAUGUGUCUUAUGAUAGCCUGUAUUAUAUAUCUGUAACAUAAUUUUGCUGUUUUAAUCAUCUUUUAAAAUAUAUGUAAGUUAUGAAGAAACAUGAUCAGAAGUUUAAAUAGUGCUACUUUAGAAAUAUUGAUGAACAUAGCCUCCUGUUUGAUUAGUUUAGUACAUACUAUUGUGAAUACCUGUUGAAAUUUACCUGAAUGUCUACCACUUCACAAUUUGAUCUUUCGUUUUGAGAAGAUUAAAAUUAGAAAAACAAAGUAUAGGCCCUACAUUUUGAAAAGCUGGAAUUAAGUGUAUGCAAUUAUAGGUUUAGUUGCAAAAAGGGGUUUCUUAAUGACACAAAAUUUAUGGUACUAUAGUUGCUGAAACAUGGUUUCAUUUUGUAAACAUGAUGUUUGUGCAAAGUGUGAGUCAAACCGACUCUAUAUAAAUAUGGCGAACGUGUAAUAACCAAAAUAAAGUAUUGUCAAUUUCA